GGUUCUAAGCUGUGGAUAUCAAGAAUUUAAACUGCAACAUCUGGCCCAUUGGCCAAGACGGCAAAGUUGUCAUAGGCUAAGUUCCUGAUACCUGUUAAACGUAUUUAUAUUUGUGAGCUAAUUCAAGCAAAGGAAGGUAGAGCUAUGCAGACAGCCCAAGCCAUGUAGCAGUGCCACUGAAUGUCCAAAGUCAAAACACUAAUGCCAUAGUCAAAGACCUCCGAGUUGAGCAUAAACUCUUUUGUUUGGUGCUCAAGAAGCAUAUAUAAAUCAUGUUCUUUGGUAAAGACUAAUGUCCACAUGUGCUUUGGUGUCACACAGUUUGAAAACAUCACAGAGAAUAAAAAGAACAAAACAAGUGGGAAGUUGGAGAUGUGUAAGAAGAAAUGACUGAGAGAAGAGAACUUUUCUUCAUUAAGACUUGAGAAGAAUAAUAAGAGACUGCAAACAAGAGCUGGUGGAUGUGAAUAAGAGAAGACGAUCAAGACACACAAAGAAUGAUUCUAUACGGACAAUUUUAGAAAAGGAUCCUGCCUGUGUCUUGUUUGUAUAAGACGGGAGUAACACUUGGAACAGGAAGCCAGUCUGGGACCUUUGCAGACCAGGGAGUGAACAUCUUCCUCUCCCCGUGUUCACUCAAUCCACGGCAGCAGCACACCAAGGGGUGCCCACAGCGUGCUGAGUGCUCAUGGCCAUCGGGCUCUUCCGCUGCCUGCCAAGCUCCUGCCAGCUGAGGUUGCCAGGAUACAUCCAGGCAACAAAGGCUGGGGUUCCUGCUCCAGGAAGCCUCACAUCCUCUCCAGACUCCUGCAAGAGGAGAUGUGAGUUGUGGAGCUCUCAGCUCUUCAGCUCCUGUUUCCACCAGCCUCCUCCGUGAGGGGGCCAGCAGGCUAUGACAGAGGCCAAAAUAGGAAGAUAACGAACCAGGGUUACCAGAUCUUGGAGGCAUCUGAGGUUUAAUGGGGACUUUCCAGCAUUCCAGACCAUUGCUGUGCGAUGAGGCUCUGAGUCACACUCUUUGGGUCUGAGGUACUGGCAACAAUGUAGAACCCCAGGACGGCCAACCUGACUAACCUUCACUCUAAGCAGAGACCCAAAAUGAGCCUGGCCUAAAAUCAGACCAAGCACUAGAGAAAGACUGUUUUGUUCAUGGAAACAGGAAAGGAGAAAAGGGUUUCCAACAAAUUGCAACAGACUUUCCACCAUUCUAAAGAACCCACCUUCCUUAUCAACCAAGCCAUUCUAUCUAGUGAUCCCCAUUCUAGCCUUUUGCCAGGAACAGAGCUAAUCAGUCCUGGUGAAAAAAUAAGGACGAACCCUCAGAGAACUCGACCCGGAACGGUGAUACUCUCCAAGCGGUCCAGUAGGAGAAUUAUGUCAGCAAGCCAGCCCCGGCACCCUGUGAUCCCAUCACGGAGGCCUGGAUUCCCCGUGUGCUAUAUCUGUGGCCGGGAAUUUGGGUCCCUGUCACUUGUCAUUCAUGAGCCCCAAUGCCUGGAGAAGUGGCGCAUUGAGAACAGCAAGUUGCCCAAGCACCUGAGGAGGCCAGAGCCCCGCAAAGCACAGCCUCUUGGUGGCAGUGGAGCCCACAACCUUCAGGCAGCAAAUCAGGCGGCACUCCAGAGCUCCCAGGCUCAGCUGCUGCCCUGUGAGUUCUGUGGCCGCACAUUCCUGCCAGACCGUCUUCUUGUUCACCAGAGAAGCUGCCAGCCGAAGGGUGAGAGGCUCAGAGCACCAACCCCCAGUGGCUCUGAUGCUCUUACUGGGCUCCAGAGAGCUCCUGGUGGCAUCCCAGCCCGACCAAGGAUGCUCCUCUGCUACAUCUGUGGUAGGGAAUUUGGCUCCCUGUCCCUUCCUAUUCACGAGCCCAGAUGCCUGGAAAAGUGGAAGACAGAAAACGACCAGCUUCCCAGGGAGCUUCGCCAGCCACUCCCACAGAAGCCUCAGGGCCUUCCAACCGGCCAGUCCAGCCAAGAGGGUCCAGGCCAAGCUCAGCUCAUGCCCUGCCCAAACUGCAGCCGGACCUUUGCCCCCAACCGCCUUCUGGUGCACCAGAGAUGUUGUAAAGCUCAACCUAGUGGGUCAAAAGUUCGGAAUUUGACCUUGGGGAGUAAAGGUGGCCUUACAGAGACCACCCAUUCCAAGCAGAAGCAGAACAUGGCGACACCCACUAUGGCUGGCAAGCCAACGAUGAUAAGGCGUCCACCAACAAUUGUUUGCUACAUUUGUGGUCGUGAAUAUGGAACAAAAUCUAUUGCCAUCCAUGAGCCACAAUGUCUGAAAAAAUGGCACAAUGAGAACAAGUUGUUGCCUAAAGAGUUGAGGAGACCAGAACCUAAGAAACCGGAAGUCAGGACCAUUACUGCCAAAGGUUUCUAUGAUCUCGAUGCCUUAAACAAAGCUGCCUGGACCAGUGCCCAGAGCCAGUUGGUUCCCUGUGACAUCUGUGGGCGUACCUUCCUGCCAGACAGACUGAUGGUUCACCAACGGUCCUGUAAACCCAAAGUCGCCAAGUAAAGCCCUUUCUCUCCACUAAAGUGUCACAGGGAUUCAGUCCUUUGGAAAGAGAUGGGGAUAUGUCAGGAAGGAGAAAAAGGAGGUGAGGAGAGGAAAUAAGGAGAAUUGGAAUUCACCAAGAGCUGUCUUGUAGGAAAGCCCGGCUUGGGGCUUUGGUGGCGUGAGCAUGAGCACAAUGUGGUGGGUAAAUGCUUUGCUUUUAACAAGCAGCUACGUGCAUGUGCAAAGACACACUGUGGGUGUGUCACACGUUGUCAGGCAGAAUUAUAUGUGGGCUGCACCUGGUCAGAGCUGGCAUUUUUGUCUCAAGGAAAUUUCAGAGCCAAUUUUUCUUCCCUUCUAUUUUCCUGAACAAGAUUCUGAACCUCACAAUUAAGACUAUUAUUCAGUGACCAGAGGUUGUGGGUGGUGACUUGGGCAACAACUUAGUCCCGAGAAAAACUGGCUUCCUUCCCAUCUCUGUGCUUUGUGAGACAAUGUGCCACUCCCUGUUUCCUCUCACCCGGGGAGAUGUUUUUAGUCCACUUAUUGAUUGGGAAUCUUCUUUACUCUAUAAAAUCACUCAAAAGAAGAGAGAUUCAAGAAAGAGCUAAGGACUUAAAGUGCUAGAACCAUAUGUAACUCAUUCUCCCUCACCAAUAGCAAGAAAUGCUACCGAGACAUUUCAGAAUCAGUGCCAGCCUCGUGUGUCAGGAGAUGGCUGGAGGCUAGCUCCUUCCUUCUGCAGAGGAAGACCAAUGAAGAGUUCUCUGUGCCUUCAGAGGGGCUUCUAGGUGUUCUAUUGUUGAGGCCUUAAAGCCUGCCAGGAAGUUCGGGCCUGCCCACCCAAGACCCAUGCACGCUGAGUAAUGAAACUGCUGUGUAUUUGGGAGUCCUUGAGUUUGUGCUCAAAGAGGCGGGGCUCUCCUGGGAGGAUGCCAGGGUCAGGGAGGGGCUCUGCCCGGGAAAUUUGGCUCCCCCAGGCAGUGCCACUCUGCCUGGACUCCCAGCCGCUUUGCUUGAGAUCUUUGUUUGUGUUAUGGCUGAAGUUCAGGGCCAUUCUGGAUCCACUUGGUUCCUGCAAGCCUUUACAAGCACAUUUAUUCAGCCUAGUUUUUGGUCACGCAUCCCUGGUUAGGUUAGGGCAAUUACAUUAAUCAUUUGGUUUUUCCUGCCUGUUCCGAAGAAAGUCAGAGGUGAGCUUUAAAAAAUGUCUUUAGGUACCUCAGGUUAGAUGAUCAUCUUGUGAAAGAUGGAACAUUUAGCAACUCCUAGUUGAUGGUUCAACAAAAAUGAUAACAAUGUACUGUGGAUCAGGCAUUGUGAUCCAUGCUUUCUGUACAUCAGUUUAUAUAAAUCUCACAUCAGCCCUGCAAGUGGAUGUCAUUAUCCUUAUUUUACCCAUGGGAAACUGAGGUCACACUGGGCCUGAGUGAGAGGACAGAGCAGGGAGACAAACCCAGAUGGCUGGAAUCCCAAACCCGUCAUCGGGCUGCUGCGAUCUGUAUGCUGCCCAUCAUCAUUAAUAAGGUGAACUUAGUAACAAAUGGUCUGACAAGUGUGACAUUUCUUACCCAAUGCUUAGUAACUAAAGCAAAUGGGUAUUUAGUGCUUCUGUAGUUUGCAUGCUGGUCUCGGUUUAUCUUUAACUGAGGGGAUAACAAAAGUUUGUCCUGCAUUGUGUUUCAGAAGACGCUUUUUCAUUCUGCUAAUGCCAAGCAGUCAGAUAAACACGAAUUUGGGCCUUAAGUUUGAAAUGAAUUGCCACUUGGGGUUAUAAAGAGGAUUCAUGGGCACUUUUCUUUCAAAGUAUGGCAGACACCAGAACAAAACUGCUUUCUUGGUAGGAGUUAGCAUGUCUGGGAGUUCUUGACGUGGUUGAAAAGAGGAGCUCUUGGAGAAGUGGUCACUUUCCCAGGGGACUGUGAGACCCCCUGAGGUACAUCAGGCCGCCCACUGUGGGGGCUCCCUUCUAGCCCCACCCCAGCUGGCCGGCAGACAUCCCUGGAAUUAAACCCCAAGCAAGCUCGGUUGCCAUGUCAUCAAUCCAACAGUUCCUGUCCAUCAUCAAGGCAGUCAUCAGAUCGCGACAUUCACAGGAAAGAACUGGACUCCCUCCGUCUGCCAGCUGCCUUCCCUCUCAUUAGCUCACUUCUGUGCAAAUCUUUACACUUGCAAAAGAAAAGGAUUUCUCAAACGGUUGGUACCUCCAUGAGCUAUGAAUUUGAGCCUGCAAAUGGUUCCCAUAGAUACUUCCCUAGAUGACGAAGGUACUUGGGGCUCUUACACUUGCUCAGGCAGUUACUGGUCUGGGAGGCAACAAUGUCAUUCCCUCACUGCUCUGCUAAUUGGUGCUGUACACACUUUAAUUAAAUUCCCCUCCAGUUGAGACUGUUGGAGGAAUUCCAGGAUUUCUUGGUGCUCACUGCACAUUGAAUUCACAUCUAAGUGGCGGGCCUGUCCUGUCAGAGGGAACCCUGGGGACUGAACAAGCGUGUCCGAGGAGGUGUCAGGAAGGAAAAUCCCCUCUGGGAGUAAGCAUGGAAAUCUGUUAGAACUCCAUCAGAGGGGCUUUUCAGGUAGCCUUAGCAUCAUGUUUUCUGACAGACACAUAUUUCCAAGUAGGGUCUCAAGGAUGACUCAGUGUAGCUUGGAAAAAGAAGCUGCUGUUGACAAACAGACCAAUCUGUGAGCAGGGAGGAGAUAGAAGGCAGAUGUCCAAAGAACCCUGCCCUCUGGAAACUGGAAAACAGCCCUUACUUUGUGUGUGCUUGUCUGCUUCUGGCGUACUUUACACGCCUUUCCAAACCAACUUGUGUGGCUGGAAGCCCAUAUCAGGUCCAGGCAGGAAGUUCAGCCCUUUCCUUCCCCAAUCCUAAAGGACCUUUUCUCUCCUCUGGAAAUGGUUCACCUUCUUUUAUCAUUUAUGACUUUCCUAGUGACUCACGGUCUGGCCCACAUGCACCUCUGUGCCCGCUGCUGCUGCCUGGCCCAUGCUCUGUGAGCACUGUGAUCAGAGAAGAAAAAUGAGGUUUUCCUGCACUUGGAAGAAACAACACAAACGAGAGGCAGUUAUUUGGCCUCUGGGAGGGGCCAAAUUGGGUGAUGUAGAAAGAAUGUACACCAGGAAAACACUGCUAAGUUAUCAUAGAAUGGUGUGCCUUUAUGCUUAAUUCUUUUUAAAUUUUGUUAUAAAGAUAUUCAAAUAGAUACACUUCUAGGGAAAUGUAUAAUAAAGUCUCAUGUUGUCUCCUCCCAGAUGAACUUUGUUCUUGACAUCCCACUGAGGUUGAAUCUGAAUGGCUUAAAUUUCAAAAGUACUCUUUUGGGUAUAAGAGGAAGAUGGACAUGGCAGAGAGAAGUGCUGGGAGCACAGGAUUCUGGGGUGUCUCUGACAGUGCCUUUCUAUCCUGUGUGUGGAAACAUGGUUAAGCCAGCAUGGAUAUCAAUCAACUGCAGGCAUGAGAAACAGGUGAAACAAUGAUGGGGCAACACUGAUUCACACUGAUCACCCUACAGGCCAAGGUUCUCAGGUAUUUUAGUGGAGAGUAUGUCAGGCAAAAUAAUGGCCUCCAAAGAUGGUGAUAUCCUAGUCCCUCAAACUUCUGAGUAGGUUACCUUAUAUGGUAGGAGAUUUCACAGGUGUGAUUAAGGUAAUAGACCUUGAGUUAGGGAGAUUAUCUCAGGUUUCUGGGUGAGUCCAACUGAAUCUCAUGAGUCCUAAAAAGUGGAAGAAGAAAGAACAAGGGUGGGUGGGAGAAAUGGCAGCACAAGAAUGAUUCUUCACCCCAUUGCUGGUUCUGAGAUGGAGGGAACUAUGUGCAAGGACCAGAGAGAACCCUCCAGGAGCUAAGGGUGGCCCUAGAUGAGAGCCAGCAGGGAAACUGGAACCACAGUCCUAUAACCGCAAGGAACUGCAUUCUCCCAACAGCUUGAAUGAGCAAGGAAAUAGAUUCUCCCAUGGAGCCUCUAGAAAGGAAUGCAGCUUUACCAACAACUUGUUUAUUUUUUUCUGACAAAUUCAUGGUUCAAAUUCUAACCUACAGAACUGUAAGAAAAGUGAGUGUUGUUUAAGCCACAUAGUUCAUAGUAAUUUGUUUUGGCAACAACAGGCAGCUAAUAGAAGAAGCAUCUAUAUGGCAUAGGAUGGGGCCAGUAAAACUUGCCAUUGAUCAGAGGUAGAACCCUCAAAUCCAUAAGGGAUGCUCGCUGGCCACCUCCACUGCUUAUAUAUUGAAAAGACAACAUAACCAACUUUCAGUUGGGGUAGAUGGCCCAAGGAAAACUGGCUCCAAACUUUGCAAGUCCUGAAUACACAGCUAUUUUGCAAAAUAUACAAAU